AUGAGCCGAUUCGACACCUGCACCGAGCUCUCGCCACAAUGCCCAGUAGAGGCCACCGUUCUGGGCUACAAGCCCAAUCUGGGGUCGAGCUACUUCUUCGCCAUCGCGUUUGGCCUCUGCACCAUCGCCGCCGCUUCCCUGGGUAUCUGGAAGCGGACGUGGACGUUUAGCGCGGCCAUUACCCUCGGCCUGCUGCUCGAGACGCUCGGCUACAUUGGCCGCAUCCUCCUCUACGACAACCCUUGGGACUCGGGGGCCUUCCAGCUACAGAUCUGCGCCAUCAUCCUCGCCCCGACCCUCAUCUGCGUGUCCGUCUACCUCACGCUCAAGCACGUCGCCCUCACCAUCAACCCGGCCCUGUCCCGCAUCCCGCCCGCCUGGUACCCACGCAUCUUCCUUCCCGCCGAUCUCUCGUGCCUCAUCCUCCAGGCCAUUGGCGGCGGCCUCGCCGCCGCCGCCGGCAAGGACAACAUGAAACUCCUCGACUCGGGCAACAACAUGAUCAUCGCCGGCAUCGUCCUCCAGGUCGUCGUCCUCCUCAUCUUUGGCGUCCUGGGCUUCGACUACUGGCUCCGCGCCAAGAAGUUCAUCCACCACGACAACCCCGCGGCCGAGUCGCUCGCCGUCUGGCACGACCGCAAAUUCCGCAUGUUUGGCAUUGCGGUCAUGGGCGCCUUCACGGUCAUCUUUGUCCGAUGCAUCUACCGAAUCGCCGAGAUGUCAGGCGGAUGGGGCUCCGAAAUCAUGCAACACGAGGAGAGUUUCCUUGUCCUGGAUCCCACAAUGAUCUUCAUUGCCACGUAUCUUUUGACCAUCUUCCACCCGGGCAUCUUCUUCCCCCAGAUGCGCAACGGGCACGGAAAGUCCAAGACUGCUGCAGGAGAACCAGCCGCAGCAGCAGACGAGUCGAGAGAAAAGCCGGCUGAGAGUAGUUUGGGUGAGUCGGGCAACGACACGCCCCGGACGACGGCCGUGUAA